CGCUCCGGCGGCGGCGGCGGCUCCGGCUUCCCCCGCCCCUUCCGCCCCCCCGCGCCCCCCCGCCGGCCCAGCCGAGCCCGGAGGCCCCGGCGGCGCCGCAUGGAGCAGCCGGCGGCGGGCUGAGCCCCGGCCCGCACGGAGGUCUCAUGGUACCAGGUGACGUGUCCCCCCCGUGAGAGUGUGCCCCAGCCUCCUGAGAAGAUGUCAGGGAUGCAGGCCGUGUGGCCGUCCGGUACAGAAUGUAUCGCCAAGUACAACUUCCACGGUACCGCCGAGCAGGACCUGCCCUUCAGCAAAGGAGACGUCCUCACCAUCGUGGCUGUCACCAAGGAUCCCAACUGGUACAAGGCGAAGAACAAGGUGGGCCGGGAGGGCAUCAUCCCUGCCAACUACGUCCAGAAGCGGGAGGGGGUGAAGGCUGGCAUCAAGCUUAGCCUCAUGCCUUGGUUCCACGGGAAGAUCACGCGGGAGCAGGCGGAGCGGCUGCUGUACCCCCCCGAGACGGGGCUGUUCCUGGUGCGGGAGAGCACCAACUACCCCGGGGACUACACGCUGUGCGUCAGCUGCGAGGGCAAGGUGGAGCACUACCGCAUCAUCUACUCCUCCAGCAAGCUCAGCAUCGACGAGGAGGUCUACUUCGAGAACCUCAUGCAGCUGGUGGAGCAUUACACCACGGACGCAGACGGGCUCUGCACCCGCCUCAUCAAGCCCAAGCUGAUGGAGGGCACGGUGGCAGCGCAGGACGAGUUCUCCCGCAGCGGCUGGGCCCUCAACAUGAAGGACCUCAAGUUGCUACAGAUCAUUGGCAAAGGGGAAUUCGGAGACGUGAUGCUGGGGGAUUACCGGGGGAACAAAGUCGCCGUGAAGUGCAUUAAAAACGACGCCACAGCGCAGGCCUUCCUGGCAGAGGCGUCCGUCAUGACGCAGCUCCGACACAGCAACCUGGUGCAGCUGCUGGGGGUGAUUGUGGAGGAGAAGAGUGGCCUUUACAUCGUCACCGAGUACAUGGCCAAGGGCAGCCUAGUAGACUACCUGCGGUCGCGCGGGCGGUCAGUGCUCGGGGCGGACUGCCUGCUCAAGUUCUCCCUAGAUGUCUGUGAAGCCAUGGAGUACCUGGAAGCCAACAACUUUGUGCACCGGGACCUGGCGGCGAGGAACGUGCUGGUCUCGGAGGACAACAUCGCCAAGGUCAGCGAUUUCGGGCUCACCAAGGAGGCCUCCUGCACACAGGACACGGGCAAGCUGCCGGUCAAGUGGACAGCGCCAGAAGCACUUAGAGAAAAGAAAUUCUCCACCAAGUCGGACGUGUGGAGCUUCGGGAUCCUCCUCUGGGAAAUCUACUCCUUCGGGCGAGUGCCUUAUCCGAGAAUUCCCCUGAAGGACGUGGUGCCCCGCGUGGAGAAGGGCUACAAGAUGGAUGCUCCGGACGGGUGUCCGGCCGUCGUCUACGAGGUGAUGAAGAAGUGCUGGACGCUGGACCCCGGCCACCGGCCGUCCUUCCACCAGCUCCGUGAACAGCUAGUGCAUAUCAAAGAGAAGGAGCUCUACCUGUGAGGGGGGCUCUGCCACCCCACCACCGCAGGGGACCCACGCUGGGGGGGACCAGGGUGUGGGCAGGCCCCCUGCCCCGCCACGGCGCCAGGAGGGAGCCCCGGGGGUGUGUGUCCCCCCCAAUUCCCCCGGUUGCUUCCAAAAUUCCAAAUCUGUCAGUUUUUAUUUUUAUUUUCUAGGUUUGGGUUGGUUUUUUUUGUUUUGGUCUCCCACGCUCUUUUUUUAUUAUUAUUUUUGAGGGCGGUUUUUUGUUGUUUUCUCAGUUUUGGGGGGCGUUUAUUGUUUUGGGUUUGUUUGGUUUUAUUUUGGUUUUUUGUCGUUGUUUUUUUAUUAUUUCAAGCAAGGCCCGGCUCAAGCGUUGGGCGUUUUACUAAAGUACGAAUCUUAUUUUUUAAUGUAAUUAAAAGAAGAAAAAAAAAAAAAAAGAGAAAAAAAAAAAGAGGGAGAAGAAGGUUGUUAAAAGGAGAAUAAUAAUAAAUAAACCAAUGAAACGGACACAUGAACAGGAAACCCCCAGCGACAGAAGUGAUGGUUGAGGGGGAGACGCUGGAGUCGCCGCCCGGUCGGGAGAGCGCGGCCGCGUCCCCGCCAGACGCUUUUUUUUUUUUUUUUUUUUUUUUUUUUUUGGGUUGUUUUGCUUUAAACUCGUUGCAAUGUUUGCAUGCUGUCUCCAGAGGCCUUUUUUUCCAGUCCUGUCCAGUGCUUUAUUCUCAUGUAAUGCUACCGACUGUGAGAUUAAAAACUGUAAUAAAAAAACCAUUCCAUACGGACGCGGCA